UUGGAGCAGUAGCAGGCUUGGCUGGGAUUGCCCUAAUUGAGAGGGGUUGGAGGAGGGAAGAAGGUUGUUUUUUGCCUCUGCUAGGAGACACAAGGGCAGGGGCAGGUCCUGGGGAAAGCUGGGCAGCUUGGACCAGGAGCAAGGGUCCAGCUUGUGACUGGGGAAGCCUGGAGAGGCAGUCUGCCAUGCGAGCUGGGGGAAGAUGCUCCUGUUCUUUGUUAUCUUGGGACUUUGGUUUUGUUUCCUCAUUGAAGCCCUGCUUGAGAGCACCUCCCUGAGAGGGGUUGGUCUGGGAGCAGCAAGCCCCAGGUGCAGCCAAGGGGCUGGCUGGAAAACCCUUCCAGAGAGCCAGCAGCAAGCAGGAACUUGGAGGGCACCUGCAGCGAGGAGGAGAUGCCGAACCUAGCAAACCACAAGCCCUGCUCCAACCCCGCUGAAUGAGCUCUGAAAAGGUCACCAGGAGCAGAGGGCUUUGGGCCUUGUCUGGGACUGCAGGUAGCCCGGAGAACGCUGAAUCCUGGGCUUGCUUAACUGGACAGCUAUGUCCCCACAGCCCCUGAUCCAGCUGAGGCAGCUCCUGAGCAUGGACAACCCAGCAAGUAGCCAAGGCAAGGCUCCUAGCAAGACAAUGCCAGGAUGCAGCUCCUGCCCCAGGCUAGGGCUGCGUGGAUGCUGGGUUCUGACGCUGGGUCCCUCUCCAGAGCAAACCCUGCUCUCUGUCUUGUUUUAACAGCUCUGGAGCCAGCACCGCAGCACGAUUGUACCUUCACACCCUCAGGUUUUGUGGGCUGGUAAGCACCGAGCGUGCAGCUAGCGCUCCUUGACUUGUGUCUACGGAUCCUUGAACUCCAGCGCGGUCAUCCAUCCAAUUUCCAGCAGCUGGUUUUUGCAAGAAAGGGCAAAUGACAUAGGAUGACCCCUGCUGGUCCCCUCUUACUGUCUGUGAUAUCGUCUCUCUUGUGGCUCACGCGGGGCUUCGACCCGGCUCCCAGCGCCUGCUCAGCUCUGGCCUCCGGGGUCCUCUACGGCUCUUUCUCACUCAAGGACCUCUUCCCCACCAUCACCUCCGGCUGCUCGUGGACCCUGGAGAACCCCGACCCCACCAAGUACUCCCUGUACCUCAAGUUCAACCGGGAAGAGCAGGUGUGCACGCACUUCUCCCCUAUGGUGCUGCCCCUCGACCAUUACCUCUCCAACUACAGCUGCGGCCCCCGGGCCGAGGCCGGGGGACCCCCGCCGGGCGAGGAGGCUGGCGACGAGGAGCUGGAGGCCCAGCUGGAGCUGUGCCAGGGCGCCAGCCCCUUCACCUUCCUGCACUUCGACAAGAACUUCGUGCAGCUGUGCCUGGCGGCCGAGCCCGAGGCGGCCCCCCGCCUGCUGGCCCCCGCGGCCCUGGAGUUUCGCUUCGUGGAGGUGCUGCUCAUCAACAACAACAACUCGAGCCAGUUCACCUGCAGCGUGCUGUGCCGCUGGUUGGAGGAGUGCCUGCAGGUGGGGGGCCGGGGGACGCCACACUGCGGCCUCACCCAGACGGGCUGCAGCUGCCAAGCCGAGAGCCCCCCGGCUGCUGCCGCGCCACCCCGGCGCAACGAGACGCUGUCCAACGCCCUGGCGCCGCCCGCCAUCCCCAGCAGCAGCAGCAGCAGCAGCAGCGAGUGCUGCGUGACCGAACUGCAUUCUGGGAAUGCGAACGAUUUAUACGUGCCGGAGAUUAAAUACGGCAAUGACGUGGAGGAGAAUCAGAAGGUGAAAACGCAGUGGCCGAGGUCUGCGGAUGAGCCCGGGGUCUACAUGGCACAGACAGGGGACCCGGCAGCGGAGGAGUGGUCGCAGUGGAGCGUCUGCUCGCUGACGUGUGGGCAGGGCUCCCAGGUGCGCACGCGGUCCUGCGUCUCCUCGCCCUACGGGACGCUGUGCAGCGGGCUGCUGCGGGAGACCCGCGUCUGCAAUAACACCGCCACCUGCCCAGUGGAAGGCCAGUGGCUGGAGUGGGGCGCGUGGAGCCGGUGCUCGGUGACCUGCGCCAACGGGACCCAGCAGCGCACGCGCCGGUGCAGCGUCGCAGCCCACGGCUGGGCCGAGUGCAAGGGAGCCCACGCUGACGCCAGGGAGUGUGCCAACGCCCCGUGUCCAAGUGACAGCAAGUGGGGACCGUGGAACCACUGGAGCUUGUGCUCCAAGACGUGUGACACAGGCUGGCAGCGGCGCUUUCGGAUGUGCCAGGGCACAGGCGUGCAGGGCUACCCAUGCGAGGGCUCUGGGGAGGAGGUCAAGACAUGCAACGAGAAGAAGUGCCCAGCCUACCAUGAGAUGUGCAAGGACGAGUACGUGAUGCUGAUGACCUGGAAGAAGACGGCCGCUGGAGAGGUCAUCUACAACAAAUGCCCACCCAAUGCCACGGGGUCUGCCAGCCGUCGGUGCCUGCUGAACGCCCAUGGUGUGGCAUACUGGGGCAUACCCAGCUUCGCCCGGUGCAUCUCCCACGAGUACCGAUACUUGCAUCUCUCACUCCGGGAGCACCUGGCGAAGGGGCAGCGGGUCCUAGCGGGCGAGGGCAUGUCCCAGGUGGUGCGCAGCCUGCUGGAGCUCAUGGCUCGCAAGACCUACUACAGUGGGGACCUGCUCUUCUCGGUGGAGAUCCUGCGCAACGUCACCGACACCUUCAAGAGGGCCACCUACACCCCCUCCUCUGAGGACGUGCAGCGCUUCUUCCAGGUGGUCAGCUACAUGGUGGAUGCGGAGAACAGGGACAAGUGGGAGGACGCACAGCAGGUCUCCCCUGGCUCUGUGCACCUGAUGAAGGUGGUGGAGGACUUCAUCCACCUGGUGGGGGGUGCACUCAAGGCCUUCCAGAGCUCCCUCAUCGUCACCGACAACCUGGUGAUCAGCAUCCAGAGGGAGCCCGUGUCGGCUGUGUCCAGCGACAUCAACUUCCCCAUGAAGGGGCGCCGGGGCAUGAAGGACUGGGCCCGCACCUCUGAGGACAAGAUCUUCAUCCCAAAGGACAUGCUGAGUCUCUCUUCCUCUGAGAUGGAGGAGUCGUCGCACUUCGUGGUGGGGGCCAUCCUGUACCGCACGCUGGGGCUCAUCUUACCUCCUCCCAGGUCCCCCCUGGCCGUAACAUCCAAAGUGCUCACGGUGACGGUGCGCCCGCCGCCCAAGCCCACGGAGCCCCAUGUCAUGGUGGAGCUGUCCCACGUGAUCAAUGGCACCUCGCAGCCGCAAUGCGUCACCUGGGACUACUCCAAAAUGGAUGCUGGCGCUGGGAACUGGGACACGGAGAGCUGCCAAACGCUCGAGACCCUCCCGGCUCACACCAAAUGCCAGUGCAGCCAGCUGUCCACCUACGCCGUGCUCGCCCAGCUGCCCAAGGACCCGGCCAUGGACCCCUCGGGCAUCCCCUCCGUGCCACUCAUGAUAGGCUGCGCCGUCUCUUGCAUGGCCUUGCUGACCCUGCUGGUGAUCUACGCUGCCUUCUGGAGGUUCAUCAAGUCAGAGCGCUCCAUCAUCCUGCUGAAUUUCUGCGUCUCCAUCCUGGCCUCGAACGUGCUAAUCCUGGUGGGCCAGUCCCAGAUGCUCAGUAAGGGCGUGUGCACCAUGACAGCCGCCUUCCUGCAUUUCUUCUUCCUCUCAUCCUUCUGCUGGGUGCUGACCGAGGCCUGGCAGUCCUACCUGGCGGUGAUCGGCCGGAUCCGCACCCGCCUGGUCCGCAAGCGCUUCCUGUGCCUCGGAUGGGGUUUGCCGGCCCUGGUGGUUGCAGUCUCUGUCGGCUUCACGCGCACCAAAGGCUAUGGAACGGCGAGCUACUGCUGGCUCUCCCUGGAAGGUGGCUUGCUCUACGCCUUUGUCGGCCCGGCUGCCGUCAUCGUGCUGGUGAACAUGCUCAUUGGGAUCAUCGUGUUCAACAAGCUCAUGUCCCGAGACGGCAUUUCAGAUAAGUCCAAAAAGCAGCGAGCCGGGGCCUCGCUGUGGAGCUCCUGCGUGGUCCUGCCGCUGCUGGCGCUCACCUGGAUGUCUGCUGUGCUGGCCAUGACCGACCGGCGCUCCAUCCUCUUCCAGGUCCUCUUUGCUGUCUUCAACUCGGUGCAAGGCUUCGUCAUCAUCACUGUGCACUGCUUCCUGCGCCGCGAGGUCCAGGACGUGGUGAAGUGCCAGAUCGGGGUGUGCAGGAGUGACGAGAAUGAGAACUCGCCCGACUCCUGCAAGAACGGGCAGGUGCAGAUCAUGACAGAUUUUGAAAAGGACGUUGACCUGGCGUGUCAGACAGUGCUCUUCAAGGAGGUGAACACCUGCAACCCAGCCACCAUCACGGGCACCCUGUCCCGCAUCUCCCUGGACGGUGACGAGGACCCCAAGCUCAACACAAGCUCGGAAGGGGGCCUGGGAUUCUCCACCCUGCCCGGCAACAUCCCGCCCAGCAGCAUCCUAGUGCAGGUGCCCAAGAUGGCACCCAGUGUGGGAAAGGGCUUGAAUGAGCUGAGUGAUCCGCCCACCAAGAAGAACAUGGGCCUGGAGGUGCCGGGGCCCAUGUACCUGUGCCCCGAAAACAGCCUGCGGCAGGUGGAGUACGGCUGGAUGCGCCCGCCUGAGCCGGCACUGGAGGGCGACUACAUGGUGCUGCCCCGGCGGACGGUGAGCCUCAAGCCCUUCGGCCGGGAUGAGGCCAAGCUCAACAUCCAGAUGGACGAGGUGCCACAUGCGGGUAAGGGGCGCCCAGUACCGGAGGCCGAGGCCUACCCCAGCUUCGUCUCAGUGGAUCACAUCAACGUGAACUUGAACCAGCCCUACGGGACGGUGAAGCACGCCUACGGCCUCCAGUUCAAGCAGCACCCCACGGUCCGGCAGAUCCUGGCCUCCGAGCUGUCAGAGCGCAGCCGCACCAUGCCCCGCACGGUGCCCGGCUCUGCCAUGAAAGUGGGGUCACUUGAGAGGAAGCGGUUACGAUACUCAGACCUGGACUUCGAGAAGGUCAUGCACACACGGAAGCGCCACUCCGAGCUCUACCAUGAGCUGAACCAGAAGUUCCACACACUGGAUCGGUACCGGGCACCCGCCACCAAUGCCUCCAAGAGAGAGAAGCGGUGGAGCGUCUCCUCGGGCGGCGGGGAGAAGAGCACGUCCAGUCCACUGGGUACUGGCUCUCCCAUGCCACCACCGUGCCAGUCUGGCUCUCUGGGCUCCCACUGUUCUCCCGGCUGCCUCCAGGACUCCCCCCAAGCCUUCCCGGGGAGCCAGGAGCAGGGCAGCUGGGGGGUGCUGCUAGCUGCAGCACCAUCCCAGCGCCCUGUCCCCUGGCAGGAGGUCACCAGCCCGGAGGAGCAGCAGCUGCAGCAGCAGAAGCAGAGGAGCUGGAGCACCUUUAAGGCCAUGACGCUGAGCUCCCUGCCCAGCGCGCAGCGGGAGAAGCUGGAGCUGCACUGCGCCGACUGGGACAGGCCCCACAUGAGCCUCGACGUCUCCGAGGGCGAUUUCCAGACCGAGGUGUGAGCGGCGCCGGGCACCGCCUGCCCAGCUCGGAGGAUGGGAGCACCCCUCUCUUGGUCUCUGGAGGGGCACCGCAGCUCCUGCCUCUCUCCCCGUCGGACUGUGCCCGUCCCAUGGGGGGCACCGCACCCCCCGUCUCCUUUCCCGUCUCGUCGUGGGGUUUCUUUUUCUUCUCUUCCCUUCCGCGGCGGCCGCCCACGGGACACACGCCUGGACACACGUGCACGCGGACACACGCGCACGCCCCCUCCAUCGUGGCCCGCGGCCACUGACUCUUGUGCAGGGCACGGUGGUGG